AUGGAAAGUGAGCAUACAAAUAAAACCCAAGAAAUGAAGACUGACCUGAAGUUAUUGUUGGAAUGCCUGAAGUAUCAUAUGGGCAACCCUUUGUCACAGAAAGAAGUUUUGAUCACUAUUCAUUCAGUUUGUCAGCAAAACAGUGAAGCAGGCAUUUAUUUCCGGGAUAUUGGUGGUUUGAUGUUUAUAAAAAAUCUUGCAAAGUCAAGUGAGCAUAGCAUGGUAAAAGAAGCAGCCUUAUACACCUUAGCAUCUAUUGCAGAAGAAAAUGUUUACUGUCAACAAACAUUGUGUACUUCAGAAAUAUUUCAGGAUUUAACCUUGCUCUUAUCUAAUGAUGAUUCAAACACAAAUUUGAAAAGAAUGUCUUUGUAUGUUCUUUUGGUUCUGGUUUCAAAUAAUAGGAAUGGACAAACUCUUGUGAGAGAAACAGGUUGUAUUGAAGUUCUGUCACAGUUGUUCAGGACAGUUCUUUCCAAUUAUAAGUUGAAUUUGUCAGAUAAUAAUGUUUUCCAGAGUUAUCUGUUAUGGUCUUCGGUGUGCAGUACUCUGUCUGUAUGUGUCAACAAUCCUCAAAAUGAUGAGAAUCAAACACUUUGUUGUUCACUUUUUCCAUAUGCUAAUGAAUGGCUAAUGAAUUGCAUGAAACCUGAGAUAAUUCGCCCUAUAUGUUCAUUUAUUGGACUUACUCUUGCCAAUAAUACACAUGUUCAGAACUGCUUUGUAUCUGCGGGUGGACUAGAUGUUCUAUCUCAAGUUCUCGUCCAACUGGAGUCUGAGUCACACAAUACUCUUUCCAGUGCAAAGCUUGCAGUGGUGGUGACAAAGACCAUGAAUGCAUGUAUUACUAAUAAUUCUACUUUUACAGUGGUAUUAUCCAAAUACCACAUUGUUUCUACACUUCUGGCAUUACUGCUUCAUGAAAGUCUUGAUUCAGGAGAAAAAUUUAGCAUCAUACUUGCCAUUGGUCACUGCACAGAGGAUUGUGAGGAAAAUCAGUUUGAACUUUUAAAAAACAAUGGGCUUCCACUGAUGAUACAAGCCUUAACUGAUUUUAAGAAUGAAGAUCUAAGCAAAGCUGCCACUUAUGUGCUUUACAACUGCAAAAAGAUUACUGAGAAGUUAUCUCUAAGUCUAGGAGAGAAUACUUUUCAUGAAAAUGGAGCAGAACAACUAAAGGACAUAAAUGAAAAGGAGAAUCUUAAAGAGUACUGGAAGGCAGCAAAGGAAAUUAUAUGCAGAAUAAAACAAUUUGAAAGAGAAGAAAAAGAGGAAAAACAAGAAAGUGGACAAUAUAAGGAUAAUACCUCAUCUGUGAAAAUAAAAAUACAGACCAAUUUGAAACAUCUCCGUGCAGAUAGUAUUGGAGGUACCAAAGCAGAAGAUAAGACUACAAACCAGUCUAGACAGUUUCAUAACUAUGAGUCCAGUGGAAUCAUGUCUAAAGCUUGUGCAAAUGAAAAUGAAAGGAAGACUCUGAAAAAAAUCAUGAAUCCAGUUAAUCCUUUUUAUAGGGAGAGAGGACAAAAUAAUGUUUUACACAAAGCCACUUCAAGCUCCACUCAAAACUUAAAUGAAAACAAGACUUUUGACCAAAAGGUUUCUAAUUCUCAACCAAGUGAUCAUGUUGUUAAACAUCUGACUCACACUGUCAAAAAUAGAAAGCAGCAGGUACCAGAAACAGAUCCAUUUACAUUGUGUUUAGACAUAAUAGAUAAAGAAGUUGGUUUUCAAGCAACUAACAGCUGUUUCAGAAUGUUGAAAUAUAGGUGCACAGGUUGUAUAGUAGUAAGAAAACUCCUCAACAGCCGCAAUUUUAGCAAGCUUUUGCACUCUUGUGCAUACCAAUGUGAUCAUCAUAAAGUCAUUAUGGAAGCCGAAGACAAAUAUAAAAAUGAACUAAGGAAAGCAUUUAUCUGUGAAAAAAAAAUUUUGCUGACGCCUCGUAGAAGACCACUACUUAGUAAAGAACCUACUGCCUCUGAAGGACUAAAAAAAAGAAGAAUUCGUAAAAACUUUACCAAAGAAGAAAUAAAUUAUCUUUUCCAUGGAGUUAAAAAAAUGGGAAAUCAUUGGAAUUCAAUUUUGUGGUCUUUCCCUUUUCAGAAAGGAAGAAGGGCUGUAGACCUUGCUCACAAAUACCACAAGCUCAUGAGAGGCCACAGCUGUGCAGCCAUGUGACUGGAAGAAAUUCAGUUGUUUUUGGGUUUUUUUUGUUUUUGUUUUUGUUUUUUUUUUUGUUUGUUUGUUUGUUUGGUUUGGACUCUUAAAAUAGAAUUUCUUAGAAGAUACAAAAAUGUUCAAAGUUCUUAACUCUGUUGAUGAGACAGGGAUUGAUGAAACAGAGAUAGUUUAAGUUAAAUGAUUUUUGUGAUACA